CGGCGUGUGAAGAGGGAAGGGGCGUGGUCUUCAACUCGGUGGCUCCGCUUCCGGGUUUGCUUGUGGUUGCCAGGGGAGGCCUGGGCCGCGGCAUAGCAACGGAAAGCGCAGGGACGCUGGGUGAAGUCAGACACCGAUGCGGACCGUCCCGGGCUGCGGGAUCUGAACACGACCUCUCGGCUGGUUCUCCUGAAGCUACGCUAUAUGUUCUGUUUUGCACAACACUAAUUGCUGUUACUUGAAGAGAAAGAGUCAUGGCAGAUCCUGGAGAGGGCAAGAAGGAUGAGGCGGACUACAAGAGGAUGCACAGCUUCCCAUUAAUACGGCACACAGACAUGCCAGAAGAGAUGCGAGUAGAAACCAUGGAGCUUUGUGUUACAGCCUGUGAAAAGUUUGCCAGUAAUAAUGAGAGUGCAGCAAAGAUGAUAAAAGAGACAAUGGACAAGAAGUUUGGUUCCUCGUGGCAUGUGGUGAUUGGGGAAGGCUUUGGUUUUGAGAUCACCCAUGAAGUCAAGAACCUUCUAUACAUGUUUUUUGGGGGCAGCCUGGCUAUAUGUGUCUGGAAAUGUUCAUGAGGGACCUCAUUCAGGUUGCCCCCCCCUCCUACUUCUUACCUUCUACUCAGGAUGUGCUGCUACAAGGCCUCGCUCAGGAAAGAGUCUCCAGCCGGGCUCUCUAUAUUUAUCUUUUUGGGGUGUCUGGGAGUCACCUCUUGACCCAUUGGGAAUCAGAAGGGUUUGCAAUAGAUUUGCAGGCACCUACAGCUUGGAUUGUUUUUAACUAUACAAAAACGGGAAUAGUUCGGUUCUUGCAAUACGUUCCUAAGUAGGCGCUUCUUGGCUUUUUAACAAUCAAUUACACCAAAUGAAGAAUAGGAACAGAUGUCACACACCUUUUCCGAACCCCUGAUCCUCAGAGGCUUUUGUAACCAGUAAUAAUGUAUGCACAGGGUUUUACCGUCCAACUGGCAUCGCAGAUCUGGUUUCCCAAAUAUAUUUUAUGGUCGCCCUCAUUCUUCUUCUUAUUUUUCUCUAUUAUAAGAACAUUUCUCUUUCAUUAUCUAUUUCUUGACACCCUUCCCCCUUUUCAUUCUCAGUAUCACACGUUCUGUCAUGUAUGAGUCAUUCCUACCCUCUCCUCUUAACAAGCCGUCUCACCGUCUCCCCUCGGAGAAUACUUUUCAGCAUAAAUAUAAAUACAUUUCAUCACUUCUACAAUUUUGUUAUUAAUUCUUAAACAGUACUUAUAAGGCAGACCUGUCAUCCAUACAUUUAUAGAGUACCAGCAUGUAAAGGGGAAGGUGUCUAGAAGCUACGUGCUAAUAAGUUACAUUGAUGGCGGUCAGUUUGUUUGCAUUGGAUGUGUAAUAGAUGUGACAGGCAGUGGGGUCCCGGAAUUGUGUACCAGUUAAGUAUUGCUUAGGUUAGCUAUCGAUUUUUACAAGUAAUGUGUUCCAGAAAUCUCCUGGUUGAUGGGCUGGGUUUCUCUAUUCAUCAUAGUAUCAUUCACCUGAGUGUCAUGUAUACACACCUAAAUAGAUAGAUCUAUAUAUUUGUGCAAUAUAUUUUGUUUAGACUUCCUUCUUUUUUAUCUGCAUGUAUCAUAUCUGAAUUUCCAUCUCCUCAUUCUAUUUCUCUCUCCCCCUCACCUCCCUUUUGUCCAUUUGACGUAGACAUGCAUCAUAGCCUAUCCACAAGCCAUAAAUAAUAGAUCAGGAGAUUAGGAUACCACAGAGAAGCCUGCCAGCUACCAGUCCUUAAUUCCUCUUGUUCAGUGGCAGAAACGUGAAGCCAUGUUUCUUGGAAGGAUUUUAUACUCUGUUGGAACUUAUUAAAGUAUGCUGUUUUUUUAUGUUACCUCUGGUUAUAAAACGGUUUACUCUACUUGUCAU